UCCUAUCCGGACGUGACAGCACCUUGACCCGGAACAGGAGGGAGCCGGGUCAGCGGGUCCUCGGCCGCGGCUAUGGAGGGAGCCGGUUACAGGGUGGUGUUUGAGAAGGGAGGCGUGUACCUGCACACCAGCGCCAAGAAGCACCAAGACCCGGACUCCCUCAUCGCUGGCGUCGUCCGUGUUGUGGAGAAGGACAACGACGUCCUUCUGCACUGGGCUCCGGUGGAGGAGGCUGGAGAUUCCACCCAGAUCCUCUUCUCCAAGAAGGAUGCCAGUGGAGGGGACUCCUGCACCUCGGAGGACGAGCCAACCUUUGACCCCGGCUACGAACCCGACUGGGCUGUCAUCAGCACUGUGCAGCCUCGGCCCCGCCGCUCAGAACCCACGAGGGGUGCGGAGCCCAGCUGCCCCCGGGACUCCUGGGCCUUCUGGGUGAGCCUGGGGGAGCUCAAGUCCAUCCGCCGGUCCAAGCCAGGCCUCAGCUGGGCCUACCUGGUCCUGGUGACCCAGGCCGGAGGCUCCCUGCCCGCCCUGCACUUCCACCGUGGGGGCACGCGCGCCCUGCUCCGCGUCCUCAGCCGCUACCUGCUGUUGGCCAGCUCCCCGCAGGACUCCCGCCUCUACCUCGUCUUCCCGCACGACUCCUCCGCGCUCUCCAACUCCUUCCACCACCUCCAGCUCUUCGACCAGGACAGCUCCAACGUCUGUCCCCAGCGCUUCCUCCAGGACCCCUACUCCACCACCUUCAACAGCUUCUCCCGCGUGACCAACUUCUUCCGGGGAGCCCUGCAGCCCCACCCGGAGGGGGCCUCCCGUGACCUUCACCCGGUCCCCGACGACGAGCCCGAGCCUGGGUUCGAGGUCAUUUCCUGUGUGGAGCUGGGGCCUCGGCCGGCCGUGGAGCCCUGGGGGCCCCCUCCCAGCUCCCGCCCGCUCCGCCCCCAGGGUCUGAGCCCCAGCCUGAGGCGAGAGGCCUGGAAGUUCCUCCUGGGCUACCUCAGCUGGGACGGCUCCGCUGAGGAGCACAAGGCACACGUGCGCAAGAAGACGGACGAGUAUUUCCGAAUGAAGCUGCAGUGGAAGUCGGUGAGCCCGGAGCAGGAGCGGAGAAACUCGCUGCUGCACGGAUACCGCAGCCUCAUCGAGAGAGACGUGAGCCGCACGGACAGGACCAACAAGUUCUACGAGGGUCCGGAGAACCCGGGGCUGGGCCUGCUGAACGACAUCCUCCUCACCUACUGCAUGUACCACUUCGACCUCGGCUACGUCCAGGGCAUGAGCGACCUGCUCUCCCCGAUCCUCUACGUCGUUCAGAACGAGGUGGAUGCCUUCUGGUGUUUCUGUGGCUUCAUGGAGCUUGUGCACGGGAACUUCGAGGAGAGUCAGGAGACCAUGAAGCGGCAGCUCGGGCAGCUCCUGCUGCUCCUCCGGGUGCUGGACCCGCCGCUCUGUGACUUCCUGGACUCCCAGGACUCUGGCUCUCUCUGCUUCUGCUUCCGGUGGCUGCUCAUCUGGUUCAAGAGGGAAUUCCCCUUCCCGGAUGUUCUUCGGCUGUGGGAGGUGCUGUGGACGGGGCUUCCGGGCCCCAAUCUGCACCUGCUGGUGGCCUGCGCCAUCCUGGACAUGGAGCGGGACACCCUCAUGCUCUCAGGCUUCGGCUCCAAUGAGAUCCUCAAGCUGACCAUGAAGCUGAGCGUGGAGGACGUACUGACAAGGGCCGAGGCCCUCUACCGGCAGCUGACCGCCUGCACGGAGCUGCCCCACAACGUGCAGGAGGUCUUGGGCCUGGUCCCGCCCAAGGAGCCGCACAGCCCCUCGCCUCCCGCCUCCCCGCUGCCGCUGUCGCCCACCCGCACCCUGCCGGCCCCGCCGCUCCCCGCGGACGCAGCUGCGCAGCCGGACAGCAGCCUGGAGAUCCUGCCUGAGGAGGAAGAGGAGGAGGGCGUGGGCUCCUAAGUUGCUGGGCUGGCCUGGCUGCGCGGCUGCACAGCACUUUAUCCAGCUCCCGCCCCAUGACCACACCCACGGGCCGGGGGUGGAGCCAGCAAAGGGGCGGGGCUCCCGCCCGGCCUCCCCGCCCUCCCGAUUAGCUGGUUUCAUUAACUGACAUUUCUGUGUCCAGUUGGCCUCCUGUAGGUGUAGGAAGGGGAGGGGGUGGUGCGUGUUCCCCUCUGACCACUCUGCAGAGCAGGUGUUUGGCCGUGGACCCCAAACCCGGCCAAUGAGAUUAAGAGGAGGUCCCUUGGGGGUGAGUGGUGUGUGGGGGAGGGGCUUGUGGAGGAGUGAGGAUGGGGUGCUGGGGUGCAGCCUUAUGUUGUGCAGGGACACAUCCUGGACAUAACUGACAAUGGAAGGGCCUACAGAGCUGCUCGUACACUGACGACCUGCCUACAGCGUUGUGGUACUUGAGGAAAAUAAACUCGUGUUUGAUCCAC